UCUUUUUGCUCUACACCAAAACAAAAACAAAUUCGAAGGAAGAAGAAAAAGUGAGAUCAAGUGUUCUUCUUUCUUUUUUCUGUGAUUUUCUGAUAUGGAGUUUGAAGAUUCAGGCAGGAGUUCAAAACCUGUAAAGAUAAGGGAAGUUUGGUCGGAUAAUUUAGAAUCAGAGUUCGAGUUGAUCAGUCAGGUAAUUGAUGAGUACCCUUUCAUUUCUAUGGACACCGAGUUUCCGGGUCUUGUUUUCAGACCUAAAGUUGACCCGACUAGGCCUUACAAUGCCCAACUUCGACCGUCCGAUCACUAUAGGAUUCUCAAAUCCAACGUUGAUGUUUUGAACUUGAUCCAAGUGGGCCUCACCCUCUCCGAUUCUUCAGGUAAUCUGCCUGACCUUGGAACCGGCGACACUCAGUUCAUCUGGGAAUUCAAUUUCCGCGACUUCGAUGUGGAGCGUGAUGCUCACGCCCCUGAUUCCAUUGAGCUUUUGAGGAAGCAAGGGAUUGAUUUUGAGAAGAACAAGGAAAUGGGGAUUGAAUCGGUACGGUUCGCUGAGUUGAUGAUGUCGUCCGGACUCCUGUGUAACGACGCAGUGAGUUGGGUGACCUUUCACAGCGCGUAUGAUUUCGGGUACCUGGUUAAGAUCCUGACGCGCCGGGACUUGCCCGGGGGAUUAGAUGAGUUUUUGAAGAUUCUCAGGGUGUUUUUCGGAAACAAGGUUUAUGAUAUGAAGCACAUGAUGAGAUUCUGCAAUAGCUUGUACGGUGGGUUGGACCGGGUAGCUCGGACCCUGGAUGUGAACCGGGCGGUUGGGAAAUGUCACCAAGCCGGUUCCGAUUCCUUGUUGACGUGGCACGCGUUUCAGAAAAUGAGGGACGUGUAUUUUGUGAACGAUAAACCGGAAAAGCAUGCCGGUGUAUUGUAUGGAUUGGAAGUUUAUUAAAGUUUGUUAAUUAAAUUGUAGAAUUAUUUAA